CAGCGCCCUCCGGGCGCCUGCCGGUUUGGGGGUGUCUCCUCCCGGGGCGCCAUGGCGGCGCUGGCCAGUAGCUUGAUCCGGCAGAAGCGGGAGGUCCGCGAACCUGGGGGCAGCCGGCCCGUGUCGGCGCAGCGGCGCGUGUGUCCCCGCGGCACCAAGUCCCUUUGCCAGAAGCAGCUCCUCAUCCUGCUGUCCAAGGUGCGACUGUGCGGGGGGCGGCCCGCGCGGCCGGACCGUGGCCCGGAGCCUCAGCUCAAAGGCAUCGUCACCAAACUGUUCUGCCGCCAGGGUUUCUACCUCCAGGCAAAUCCUGACGGGAGCAUCCAGGGCACCCCAGAGGACACCAGCUCUUUCACCCACUUCAACCUGAUCCCUGUGGGGCUCCGUGUGGUCACCAUCCAGAGUGCCAAGCUGGGUCACUACAUGGCCAUGAACGCUGAGGGGCUGCUCUACAGCUCGCCGCAUUUCACAGCUGAGUGUCGCUUUAAGGAGUGCGUCUUUGAAAAUUACUAUGUCCUGUAUGCCUCUGCUCUCUACCGCCAGCGCCGUUCUGGCCGGGCCUGGUACCUAGGCCUGGACAAGGAGGGUCGCGUCAUGAAGGGAAACCGAGUGAAAAAGACCAAGGCUGCCGCCCACUUUGUGCCCAAGCUCCUGGAAGUGGCCAUGUACCGGGAACCUUCUCUCCACAGUGUCCCUGACAACUCCCCUUCCAGUCCCCCUGCCCCCUGAAAUGUACUCACUGGACUGGAGGCUCCCUGCAUUCGCACUGAGCCAGUCACCGCCACAGCCUGUCUUCCAGCCCUGCUCCUGGCCCUGCUCUCACCCCUGCUGCCACACUCAUUCCCCGAGCAGCCAGGUCCCACCAGGUGCUCAACCCUGAGGGAGCCUAGGGGCUGGCUGUGACUUCCAGGGCUGCUGAGACCUUUAGAUCUUUGGGCCUGGGAGGGGGUCAGAGAGGGAGAUAAUCUGUUAAUGAUCCUGGCUGAUCACUUCUUUCCUUCCACACUAAUACCCCCCACCCAAAGCCUUUUCCUGAGAGGGCGCUGGGGGUUCCCAAACUGACAUAAUCAGGGCAUAAUACUCCUGACCCUGGGCUCAUCCAGUUCCUAGAGCCCUGUAUUCUUUUCAUUGCGACUGAGCCAUAGAUCCACUGGAGCUUAGGAUUAAUUUCUUUCAUUCCCUACUCCACCUUCUGCCUUGUUCUGGACAGGUUCUGGAACAUCAGGCACCAUAGCCAGGGUCAUUUCUGCACUAGAGCUCUGUGCUGUAAUGCAGGCAUGCUGCCAGGCUCUGUUCUGGAUCCAUCAGGCAUCUAUCCUUGACCCAGAUGGACCCCUGGUUUCCAAGUAAAGACAGACUGGAUUUGAACCCUAUACAGCUGUUGGCCUUGGCCUAAACUGGGGCCAGUCUCAGAUUACCACAGGUUUAAAUUUCUUAUCCCAGAGACACCCAAUUCCAGAGUAUGGUGUUCUAGACACUUAUGGAGCCAUACUUCCUUCUGAAUCUCAGCUCUCUAGGACAUAGACCAUGACUCUCAGCCCUUCCCUCCAUGAUGGAGCCUAUAUAGCCAUAUUGUUGCUCUAGAAUAAGUUCUAGAUCCACCCUCCCACCUUCUGUAGUGUUACCUAUUAAAAAUGAGCUCUGGAAAGGACUCAGCUAUGAUUCACAAAGAACUAAGUUCUGGGUGAAUCAAGAACCACUUCUUGUUUUUCAUAGAUAAUUUUCUAAAAAUCUUAUUCUUCCUAUAGAAUGUUAAUCUUAUUUUUACAUGCAAUUUCUAGCUCUUGCAACUCAGCUGAGGUUCUACCAGGGAAACAGAGUCUAAGGAGGGGCAGCAAAGUUUUGGAAGAAAUCCGUAACAGGCUCAUAGUAGGGAAGCUGGAAUGAGGAUGGGGCUAAAACUACAGCAUGAUUGGACCUGUGCCUGGGUUGGGGAAAUGUGAACACUUAGCUACCUCAGCAGGAAAUUCUUCCAGGUCCCCUUUAAAGCUGAGGUCUUUAGGGUAACAGGUCUAGAAUAAAAAGGACAAAUGAGACACAGCCUUGUCCCCUCCCCCCUCCCACCCCCCCCAGUGAAGAGAACCCAAUUCAGCAAUAAGUCCCACCCCCUUCCCUCAACAGGGCCAGGCCAAGGAGGGUGAGGGCCUCUUGGACUCUAGACCUCAUACACCCCUAUAAUUUCUAACUGAAUAGAAAUUGCUUUACUUUACAGCUUAUAACCUCAGCUGGGUUUAAGUACCCAAAAAGGGCCUGACUAGAUUUUUCUGGAAAAUAUGGAGAUCUAGGGGCAGGCCUGGAAAAGAUCAGGAAUAAAUUAAUGAACUAGGAGUGAGACAGGUAGUCUCAGGCAGGGUAAACUGAGGAGGUCCUCAAUGGAGGGACUAGGGCUCAGAGGCAGGCCAGUUUUCCUCAGGCUGUCUACUUCUGGCUUGUUGCAAGAGGGGUAGCUGUUCCCCUGGCCCACAUAAACCCCCGCUCAGGCUCCACCCAUCUCCUGACUGCUCUCAGGGGACCGGGUCUCCACUCCAUGCUUUCUCAAUUAAAGAUGAUUUAUACAA